ACUGUGCAGGCUCGGGCAAGACGACGCUGCUCAGCGUUCUCUCCGGAAGGCAGUCAGUGCAGGCGGGCACCGUCAAGAUGAACGGGAUGCCCCUCAGCAAGCGCCUACGCCGCAGCAUCUGCUACGUCAUGCAGCAGGACAUCUUCUUCGCCAACCUGACGCUGAGGGACACUCUCAUGUACCAGGCCCACCUCAAGCUGCCCAGUACCAUGAAGCUUCACGAGAAGGAGAAGAUAGUUACUAGUCUGGUGGAGGAGCUGGACAUUACAAAAUGCUACAACACGAGUGAGUGCUCCACUAAAGCAGGCUACGCUACCACAAUGAUAUUAGCAGUCAAAGGUGGGCUCGAAUCUGGGACCAGGCAAAGGAGGCGGAACCUGUUAUUAACCCAGUAA